CUUUCCUCCUCCACAACCACCCAUGCCAUCCUUUGCAAUUUGUAAGUGGGUGGAUUAUGGCGGGCUGGGCUACCGAACCAGGGUAAAACAAACUUGACUCAUCAUGUGUUUUAUUAUAUUAGCACAUCAAGAGUUCGUUUAAAAUAAGGGCCUCACGAAGAAUCUUGGAUGUGUUCCUGAGAAUGACCGAUCUAUGCCGUAUGCACCUCUAUGUUUUGAGUCGCAAAAUGUUCGUCUUUCAACAGAUGCCGAGGUCGUGACUGUUAGGCUGGCUGUUUGAACUCUUGGGCAACUUAAUGUUCAGAUGAAGAUGACCGAAUGCUACUAAGCAGGUCUUCUUUAACUAGCUUCUGGUGUGGCAUGAGCACUGAUGCAGUUGAACUGAGCGUAACAAUCCACUAGGAUUAUUGGUCGCUGUCAUCUUUUUUUUUUCUCCCAUAAGAUGUCGACUUUGUUGAUCAUCCAUAUUGGCAAGUAGCUGCCAUGUCGGAGUAGCCAAGUUGGCCAAUUUGAGCAAUAAUUGAUCAGUGCAGAAUCUUUACAAUUUUGAAGAUCGAACCAUGAGGAUCUGAAAAGAGCCCAAUGCUUUUGCGAACAUAAAGAAAUUGAUCCACUGAUUGCAGAAAGCAGAAACCAGUGGUCAUCCAUUGCAUUGCAAGUGGCUGGCUGCUGGGCAACUCCUAGCUCCCCACAUCCAGUAAUAUAUAUGCCAUGUAAGAAGUGGCAGAACUAGAUAACUAUAAUGGUUUUGGUUGCGCACAUAGGAAAGGAACAGUGUUCUUCUCUGGCGGCUACAUGACCCUCCUGACAGCUUCCUAAUUUAGAUAUGCACUCCAACUUGCUCCUGUAGCCUACUCAUGGUGGAAGCAAUAGCAUUGGUCUGCUUAUCUUUGCUUUUCCUCUGUCCACAUGGAUAGGACAGUUACAUAAGUAUGCAGGCAGACUUCCUUUCCAGCACGAACAAUAGCAUUACAGCACAAGUGUGUCCAAAUAGCUACAUCCUGAUGGUGGAGGCAAUAGUAGUACUCUGCUUCUCUUUGUUGUUCUUCUGCUCCAGUGCUGUGGUGUCUCUAGGGAGCAACAAUGCCAGAACCGACGAGCUUGCGCUACUCGCCUUCAAGUCCAUGUUGUCUAGCCAGUCCGAUGGCUUGCUAGCAACAUGGAACGCUUCAACACACUACUGCAGCUGGCCAGGGGUUGUUUGCAGCCAUCGGCACCCAGAGAGGGUUGUCGCGGUGCGCGUUGAAUCCUUCAACCUUUCUGGACGCAUCUCUCCAUCCUUGGGCAACCUGUCACUGCUCAGGGAGCUGGACCUUGGUGACAACCAGCUUACAGGGGAGAUGCCUCCAGAGAUCGGCCAACUCAGAAGACUUCAGUUUCUGAAUCUGAGCACAAACCAUCUUCAAGGAAGCAUCCCGGUGACCGUGGGUGGAUGCGCCGAGCUCAUAACAGUUGACCUCAGCUCUAACCAACUCCAAGGUGAGAUUCCAGCUGAGUUAGGUGCCUUGAAGAAUCUUGUCAGAUUGAGCCUUCAUCAGAAUGGUUUUUCGGGGGAGAUCCCUCAAUCUCUAUCAGACUUGGUAUCCAUGGAGUUCUUGUCUUUGCAUGACAGCAGAUUAUCUGGUGAGAUACCACAGGCCCUAGGUAACCUCACAAACCUUCGGCAUCUUAAUCUUCAGGGCAACAUGUUAUCAGGAGUUAUUCCUGCAUCUUUUGGCAUGUUGUCCAGAUUAUCUUUCCUGUCCUUAAGUUAUAACAAUUUGAGUGGACCAAUCCCGACUUCCUUUUGGAACAUUUCCUCUCUAACUAUUCUCUCUGUCCAGCAAAACAUGUUAAAUGGAACUAUACCUCCAAAUGCAUUUAGUAAUCUUCCUUAUCUGCAGAAGGUAUACAUGGAUAGUAACCAGUUUCACGGCCAUUUACCAGCCUCGCUAGGUAACUGCUCCAAAUUAACAUGGCUUCAGUUAGGUCGCAAUUUAUUCAGUGGCAUUGUUCCUCACGAGCUCGGUCGAUUAAAAAAGCUUGGCUGGCUACAGCUCUCUGUUACUUUGCUAGAAGCUAAAGAACCGAAAGAUUGGGAAUUCGUAACAGCAUUAACAAAUUGCUCUGACUUACAACUGUUGGGAUUGGAAUCUUGUAGCUUUGGAGGAGUCCUUCCUGAUUCAAUUUCCAAUCUUUCCACCUCGCUAUUGUAUCUUGACCUUUCACGAAAUGCAAUCUCCGGGCACAUACCUAGAGAUAUUGGUAAUCUCAUUAACCUACAAGUGCUCGCCCUUUCUGAAAACUCUCUCACUGGAACUCUUCCAUCUUCUUUGGGUAGUCUUAAAGAUUUGCGUGAAUUUUCUGCAUAUUAUAACAAACUAAGUGGCUCCAUUCCGUCAAACACAGGAAAUCUUACAGAGUUAAAUCUCUUUGGAGUGGAUGUUAAUGCCUUAAGUGGUGAGAUACCAAGCACACUUGGAAACCUAACAAAGUUAGUGGGGCUAGAUCUUUCAGUCAAUAAAUUUAUAGGCCGAAUUCCUAGUACCAUAUUCAACAUCCGUACACUCUCUAGAGGUUUGGACGUAUCUGAAAAUAACCUGGAGGGAUCAAUACCUGUAGAUAUCGGGAAUCUGAUAAAUAUGGUAGGAUUUGAUGCAAGUUCGAACAAAUUAUCAGGUGAAAUCCCUAAUUCUCUAGGCGAAUGUCAACUUCUCCAAAAUCUUUAUUUGAACAAUAAUCUCUUCCAUGGUAGUAUCCCUUCUCUCCUGGGCCAGUUGAAAGGUCUAGAAACUCUUGACCUAUCAAGCAACAACUUUUCGGGUCAGAUACCCACGUUCUUAGGUAAUCUUAGCAUGCUCUAUUAUCUAAAUCUUUCAUUCAACAGUUUUUCCGGUGAAGUGCCAAACUUUGGUGUUUUCACAAAUGCUUCUGGAAUCUCAAUCCAAGGCAAUGACAAACUUUGUGGUGGCAUACCUGAUAUGCAUUUGCCCCCAUGUUCUUUGACAUUACCUAAGAAAAAACAUAAUUCUAUUGUUAUUCCUGUUGUUGUUUGCCUCAUUGCAACAAUAUCCAUCCUUUUCUUGCUCUACAAAUUUCACAACUGCCGCAACAAAAGCAAAACAAGAGACCCUACAACAACACCCUUGCAGGGCCACCCAUUGAUCACUUAUUCUCAGUUGGUGGGAGCAACAGAUGCCUUCUCAUCUAGAAAUCUUUUGGGUUCGGGAGCAUUUGGGUCUGUGUUCAAAGGAAAUAUGGGUACCCAAGCUGGUGAAGGUACAAGUCUAGUUGCCGUGAAGGUUCUGAAACUUGAAACUCCUGGGGCGCUUAAGACUUUUGUUGCUGAAUGCGAAGUACUGAGGAGCUUGAGACACCGUAAUCUUGUUAAAAUAAUUACAGCUUGCUCGAGCAUUGACACCAGAGGCAACGACUUCAAAGCGAUUGUGUUUGAGUUCAUGCCUAAUGGAAGUUUAGAUGGCUGGCUGCAUGAUGCUACAAAUGAUCAAACAGAGCAAAAGUAUUUAAAUCUUCUAGAGAGAGUAACCAUCCUCCUCGAUGUGGCUUAUGCGUUGGAUUACCUUCAUUGCCAUGGACCUGAACCUGUUGUACACUGUGAUCUUAAGUCAAGUAAUGUGCUCUUGGAUGCUGAUAUGGUAGCCCAUGUUGGAGACUUUGGGCUUGCCAAAAUUCUUGUUCAGGUAAGCUCGUCCUUUCAUCAAUCAACGAGGUCAAUUGGAUUUAGAGGGACAAUCGGUUAUGCUGCCCCAGAAUAUGGUGUUGGAAACACAGUAUCAACAAAUGGAGAUAUUUUCAGUUACGGGAUUCUAGUGCUGGAAACAAUAACCGGGAAGAGGCCUUCCGAUGGUGGAUUCAGGCAGGGUUCAAGUAUUCGUGAUUACGUUAAGCUGGGUCUACACAACCAAGUGAUGGACAUUGUUGACAUCCGGCUUUUUUCAGACCUCAAGAAUGGGCUACGGACCAUUAGUGAUUCUUCUUACCAGAGUAAGAUCGAUUGCCUUGCUUCGCUACUCAGACUCGGAAUGUCCUGCUCUGAAGAAACUCCAUCGAGUAGGAUGCCGACGGGUGAUAUUAUCAGGGAGCUGCGUGCCACCAAAGAAUUGGUCUCUGUCCUAGGGAAUGCAGAACACGAAGAUGCAGGAACUGAGCUUUCAUGAUUCAGUUGUUGCACACACAUUGUGAACUUCCAUGUCCAAAUAACUCGUGCACGUGCCAGAAACGAUCUAUGGUUAUCAGAAAAAUAUUGAUCAUCCCUGUUUAUGUUGUAUUAUGAUCCAAAUUCGAAGCAAGGCCCGUCAUCUGGUCUUUCCACUCUUUGGACCGUCGGCUAGAGUUUGUCGCUUCAUUGUAAACCCACGGUGAUGUCUAAACACUUCUGAAAUAGUGAAGAGUUUGCUGACCGGCGCUUGUGGGUUUUUCCCUUUUUGAAAGGGUUUUUCACGUUAAAUCUUGUGUAAUUUUAUUUUUAUUCUUUGUCAUUGGCUAUCGUGUUUAUAACAAUUUAACCGCUGCAUUAUUUGGUUCCUUGCUUGUAGGCCAGGAAUUUGCUAGCCAAGGCAGUAGAUUGUUUUCCUUCCCCACCUAUACUUUGUUGAACCUGUUUUUGUUUUUUUAUCUUCUUGUUAAAGUCCUAAGGAAGUUUGUUUUC